AUGGCGAAACGAGCCCCAAACUUCACUGCUAGUGAGCUUUCACUACUACUUGAUCUUGUAGAUAAGUACAAGAGUGUAAUAGAAAACAAGAAAACGGAUGGCAAGACAGUGCAGCAGAAAAGUGUAGCAUGGGUCAAACUUGCCACAGAGUUCAAUGCACAGUCAGCGGUGCACACUAGAGAUGCUGAUCAAUUACGACGGUGUUUCGAGAAUCAGAAGAAAAAGUCCAGGAAGGAAAUCGCAAGGCACCGGUAUGCUGUGUUUGCUACUGGAGGUGGGCCACCGCCAUCCCAGCUGUCCAGUACAGCGAUUCAGGUAGCAUCUAUUGUGCCUGGCAACCUGCAGCCCCUACAGAAUACGUAUGACUCCGAUGCGUCUAGGAUAUUAGAUGCCAUUUCUAGUGGCAGCAGUGAGACCGGCAUCCCUGCGACAGAUGUGCCCAACACGACUUGUUUGAGCAGUGAAGUCCCUGCAUCAUCGCGCAGGAGGCCACUCCCACCGCGACGGCCAUCUAUGCAACCAGCGCAGAAGUCAGCGUUGUGGUACAAGAAGCUCGCACAAUCAAAGAUACUACUGAAUCAGAAAAAAUUGGAAGUUGCAAAGGUCAAGGAACAAAUUGCUAAGGAGAAGUUGGCACAUUUGCAAAUGGAUGCCCAUUACAAGGCCAUGCUUCUCGAGUCAGCCCAACUUGACGUGGAACUGAAGCGAAGGCAGCUGGCAAACAUGGACAGCCACUUUCACAAUAUGUAA